AUGGUGCUCGUGGAGGGAGCAUGUGCUGUCCGGCACAUCCCCUCCGACACCCUGCUCCAUAUCCUGGAGCUGCUCAGCUCCAGGGAGGCGUGCACGGCCGCCCUGGUCUGUAGACGAUGGCACAGGGUGGUCUCUUCCCUCUCCUGGGCCUCCCGCUAUGCCGAGCUGUGGCACACCCAGGACCCCCGGGUGUCUCCCACCUGGCAGCUGGCAUUCUCAGCCCGCAUGGCCCAGGCCCGGUCCCUAGACCUGCGCUGCACCCGGACCAGCAUGCAUGGUCACUCCAAGGACAUCAAGUGCGUCGCAGUGUUGGCCUCCAGCCAGCUGGUGUACACGGGCUCUUACGAUGGGACGCUCAUCUGCUGGGACCUGGUGACGGGCACGAGGGUGGGGCCGCCGCUGCGUCAUGGCGGCACCGUCCGUGCCGUGAGCCUGGACGAGGGCUGGCUGGUGAGCGGCUGCAGCGACGGGUGCGUCAGCGCCUGGACGCAGGCCGGUGCGGGGUGCGCCACCCACUACAAUUUGGAGCAGCCUCCUCUGGCCCUGGCGAGGCACGGCGGACCCGUGUCUAGUCUGCAGCUUUCGCUGGACUUUGUCUACAGUGGUUCCUGGGAUGGCUCGGUGCUGGAGGUCAACCGGACGUCGCAGACGGUGUGCCGCUCCUUCUACCUCGGCGACUGGAUCGUGGGGAUCGCGCUCAUGUCCGGGCGCCUGCUGGUGGCCGCGGGAAACCGUGUCGUCUCCGCCCGCCUCCAUGCCGAGCCUGUGCUGCAUGGGGGGCCUGCCCGUGAGUCAGAGGAGGCAAGUGAGCGGGAGGAGGAGGAGUAUGCCAUGACCAGCACCGUCACCGCCAUCCUUGGCUGCAGCCCGAGCACAGGGUCGUGGGCCAUCAUUGGCGACGAGUCUGGCAGGCUACUGGCUCUGAACGUGGCAGCUCCCCCGGCCGCCGGCAGCAACCCACGGGUCCUGGUCCAGGCGCUGCCGGGCGCGGCGCGCGACGCGCCCAUCACCUCCCUGUCCUGGCAGUUCCCCUGGCUGCUGGCCACCUCCCGCUGCGGUGCUUUCCUGCUGGAGACCUGCGAGGCCCUGGGCGCCGGGGAACGCAGCCCUCAUGCCCCCACCCCGCCCACCGCCGCCUCUGUCCGCACGCUGACCUCCCAGCCCUGCCGCUGCGCGGCGCUCGGCGGGGCCUGGGUGGUGGCCGCCGACGGCGCGCGUGGUGCAGUGUGGGACCACGCGACCGCGGCCGCGGCGGCCGCCGCGCGCUCGCGAUCGAGGGCGCUGAAACGCAGCUUGCGCGACGCGAGGCGCGAGCGGGCGGCGGGGGCGAGAGGCGAGCGCCUGGCCGCUGCGCGCAGGGCGGCGGCGGAGGGUGCGUCGGGGCCUCCAUGUGCCGACGAGCGGGGAAUGGGAGCGGCUGCAGAACAGGCCGUUCCCUGUGUCUGUGCCAGCGCCGAGGCGAUGCCCAGCUCGCCGACGUCCGAAGGAGUACAAGGGGUGGCGCAAGCACGACCCCUUCCCUGCACAGAUGGCACAGGAGGCGAGGCGGGCGGGGAGGAGGCGGGCGGGGAGGAGGCGGGCGGCGUUCGGCGGCCCCACGCCUUCAGGCUGGCUCCGCCCUGCGGCCCCCACCCGCGCCCUGGCAGCUGCCGCGCCCAGGCGGCGGCGAGGACGGGGGCAACCCGGCGUGCCCUGCUCCAGGAGGCGGCCCUCCACCGGGACGACUGA